GGUCCAAUCGCGUGGGAGGUUACUGGAGCGGGCUCUCGGUCUUUAACGAGCAUUUAAUCGGGAGGAUCGUAUUGGAGAGUCCGCGGAUGGGGGCCAGCGGUAGCACCAGCACCAGGCGUGUGUCUUUCGGCAAAGAUGAUCAGGAACGAGUGACAGUUUUGCAGGGAAUGAGGCUGUCUGAAAACCUUGUGUCAAGAAUGAAGGAUCUGCCCCAGUCAAAGUCAAAGCCAUCAAACUCCAUCUCUGGAGGACCCGAUUACCAAGGAGGUGAUAACAUGACACUGAAACAUUCUGGAGCUGAAGAGGAGAUGUACAAGAGGUAUGAAAAAGAGGCACUGGUAAAAGAAGAGAUGCCCAAGCUUGCUCCACAAGAACAAGUGGUUGCCAUUGCUGACCUCAAAGAGCAAGUAAUCUCAACUGAGGAGCAGAAGAACAUUAAACAGCUUACCAGCCAACUGGAAAAGAAGGAAGCAGAUCUUCAGAGACUUGAAGCCUUUUAUAAAGAACAAUUGGACCUAAUAGAACAGAAGCAUGACGACUACUACCAGCUUGCGUCAGCACAGUUCAAUGAAGCGGCAACAAUAGCAGAAGUCCGUGUCAAGUCAAGAAACUAUGAGCCUCUCUGUGCAAAUCUGCAGUCCCAGAUCCUUAAUUGUUACCAAGAAAAUCCGCAGUUGACCUUAAAGUGCUCUGCCUUUGCCAAGGAAUAUCGCCAUUGCAUCAGAGAGGCACAAAAGGGGCCUUCUUUCUGCCUACUCUACUUAAUCCUAGAUGAGAUUCUUCCAUUUCAAAAUCCCAUCCUUCCAACACAGACAGAGAUGCUGUUGGUGAAUCAUGGCUAAAGUGCACGAAGGCUCUGUGCAGUGUUCCCUGUGCAGUGCCUGUUCCCGUAGAAACAAUGUUCUGCUCUUCACAAACACAACAGGGUUUGUCUACGAUUGUGUUUAUCAACAAAUAUGCAUUUGAACUGACUUCGUCAACCCGUUGAUAUUAGCUCAUUGCAAACAUGACCCAGCGUUCUUUUGAAACUCUGCAUAAAUAACCCAAAUUAUUCCUCUUCUGCUGUAUGUACAUAUGGAACGUUCCAUCAUGUCGUACCUUCAUCCGAAAUUUCAUGUUAUAAUAGUUAGAUGGUUCUGUAUUUAUUGUGUUCAGUUGAAUAAAGUUUUUGUUUUGGAAAUGCA